ACCAUAGUAAAGACAUGCCCACCAGUGAAAGAGCUCAUGGAACUCUGGCCUGCACUCAAAAUGGAAUCUGAGGUGUAUGCAGAGUUCCAACGGAUUACAAACCAGAACCUGCCCAACACAUUCUACUCUGAGCUUGACCGACAUCUUCCUAGACUGAUGACCCUGUUCAGACAGAAGGCAAGCAGAACCGGGAAGACGUCAGACGCUUUGACUGAAAUCCUGAAAAUCCAUGAUGAACAGGAGGUUCAUGACAUACACACCAAGCGUGUUACUGUUCUUCAUGCCCUUCCUGUGUAUCUACGUGAGGACGUCUCUGAGUUUUUCAAGACCUGCACAGACACAUCUGAUGAGCCUGACCUUUUAGAUGUUUCAGUAGCCCUCCUCACAGUCGUCAAAGAUAAUGACACAGGUCCAGUUCACUUCCAGCCUGUGAAAAUCUCUGUUGUCAUUGAAAGCGAGAUUGUGGGCAACCUCCCCAGAUUUGCUGAUGCCGUCCUGGUAAUGUUUGGACUGAUCUAUGCACUACACCUCAGCUAUCCCAGGGGACUGACCAACACUUUUGAAUUCAUUCAGAAGAUUUUACUUGGUCUUGACGAUGGUAAACUGUCACCCAAGUUACAGAGUCUCAAAAAUGACUUGAUGCGCAUGUAGACAUUUAUCAGAAUAAUUACUAAGGCCUGGCAGUUCCUUUGUAGUUCAAUGUAGAUUAUUUCUGUGAAAAUAAUGGUUAAAAUGUUUCUGCACCAGUUGUUUUCCCACAAUAUGCACAGUGUGCCUUUUGUAUUAAUGUUAUUUGGCAUUAAUACAACUCUUGUUCUUGAAAGUUAAGUACUGGAUAGUACUUGAUAAUUGUAUGUGUAUUUUAGUUGUAAAUGGUACAUGUUAAGUUUCAGGCAGGUUCAUAAAUUUGUAAUUUUAGAGGUGCUAUUUUAAUCUGGUGUUCAGGUUUUAGCCUAGUGCAUCUCUGAAUUGUUUUAUGCUUCUGUCUUAAAUUAACACUGCAGUGUUAAAUAGAAGAGGGCAAGAAUUCAGUGUAACUCACUGUAACUUAAACUUUACUUUGUUUGUACUCAAAAUAUUUGAGGCAAUGAGUUGCCACAAAAAUUUUAAGUUUUGAAACAUGCGAUUUUGAGUCUUGUGUGUGAAAGCUUUUGAGUUACUUGUACUUGUAAAACAAAUGACAAAGACUAAUAAAUAUUGAG